CCCUGGUUGUUUUGGUCUCCUGUUUUUUGGGGUUGGAAGCCCGUUCCGAGUUCGGAAAUCGUUGUAAAAAGAGGGAAAUUCUUGAUUUGUGCGCGAUAGAAAAUGGCUUCGACUAGGGUGAAAACUAGGGAAACCAAAUCGGGCGAGAUAAUCGCGUACAGCGAUGCCGCCAUCCGAAACAACGCAUCCGCCGUCGAAUAUUGCCGAACGUCGAUGGCUGCACUUUCCGGCAGUACCGCAGGUGUUCUAGGCCUUACCGGUAUUCUGGGAUUCCUGUUCUACUUGCUAGCCGUGCUGUGCCUUUGGCAAAUGCUGCUCCUGAAGUCGGGCUCGAACUGGCAGAAGUAUUUCAUCAGCCGCAAAAGUCUUCUCACACACGGGUUUCUGAGCGGAUUGUGCACCUACGUGCUAUUCUGGACGUUCCUCUACGGUAUGGUGCACGUGUAUUGAGAUGCAGCAAGUCGGGACAACCGGGUGGGACGUCUAACUGUGGGCCAGGGCUUUGCUGUAUAAAUUAUUGUUUCCAAAUACAUCAUACCAACAUUUACCUACCAAACCAAUCCUCGGCAAGUGUAUUUAUCAU